AUGUCAAGAGGAACCUCGCCAAGGGCUGGUCCCGUUGGACGAGGCCAACAGAGAAGUGCCUCACAGGAAAGCUCAGCCUUUGUAUCCCAGGGUCCUUAUAGAUAUUGUGGGAAACCAAACCACAAGGAGUACAACUGCUGGAGGAAGGAAAGGAAAUGCUUACGCUGUGGGAGUGCGGAGCAUCAAAUUGCUAACUGUCCGGUUUUACCUCGAGAAGCGAGAGUGACUUCACAAUCAUCAAAGGCCAAUUCCGGGCAAUCCAAGGUGGAAGGGACGAGACCUAAGGUGCCAGCUCGGGUGUACUCCCUUGAGCAAUGCCAAGUCCCUGACUCAUCUGAGAUCGUGGAAGGUACGAUCCCUGUCUUCCAUCAUCUAGCAAGGAUUUUGAUAGACCCCUGUGCUGCCCAUUCCUUUGUUAACCCCUAUUUUAUGUGCGGAAUUGAUAUAAAAUCUGUUAGCUUGCCUUAUGACUUGGAAGUUAGUACUCCUACGGGGGACCAACGUUUGAUCACUAGUAUGAUGUAUGCUAAUUGUGAAAUUUGGGUAGGAGAGAGGAAGCUAUUGGAGAAUCUUAUAAGUUUAGCUAUUAAGAGGUACGACGUUAUAUUGGGAAUGGACUAG